AUGGCGGAUGAGGGGGAUAUUGACAAUUCUGAAGAUGCUUCACAAAUCAGUUCUAUAGUUCAUAGGAGAGUUGGUCAUAUUUCUGUCCCUUAUAAACAUUUUAUUCUGGUAUGGGGUGGGUUUAUGGGUGGUCAUGAUGAUUAUGAAGUAUAUUGUUCAUCUGAGCAUGUAUGGGUGUACAACUGUAUAAGUGAAACCUGGUCCGUCUUGGUUACUAAAGGCUACAUUCCAUUCCCUAACUCAGGGAGCACAGCAGUCAUACUUGAUGAUGCUUUAUAUAUUUAUGGGGGUGUUGAAGAACUAACAGAUGAUUUGUGGAGGUAUGGCUGUGAACUUCACUGUCUUGACUUGAAAAAUCUGACAUGGACCACUCUAGUACCUAAUGGAAACUCUCCUGAAGGAAGUGAUAAGGCAGUAGGAUGGACUUACAACAAGAAAAUUUACAUAUUUGGCGGCUACGGACAAUGUUCACGGUGUAUGGUUAAUGGUUAUUCGUUUGAAGUUGACCCUAAUAAUCGUUUAGAUAAAGGAUGGAACAACCAGCUGAGUAUAUAUGAUCCAAGUAUGAAUCGAUGGACUACACCAAAAACAGGAGGAGUUCCACCUCGUCCUAGAGCUGCUCAUGCUGCUGAUGUGAGUGGUGAUAAAGUGUAUAUUUUUGGAGGAAGGCUAGCAGAGAUAAGAGCUAACGAUAUGUAUGUUCUCGACUUAAAGAAGCUGCACUGGACUCAAAUAUCUUUAAAAGAUGGUUCAUUUGAAAUUCCUGAAGGAAGGUCAUGGCACAGCUUUAAUUUUAUCACUGAAAAUCGUGCUAUAUUGUUUGGUGGAUUAAGUAGGAAUCAGAUUCCCUGUGGGGAUUUAUGGGAAUGCCAGAUUGAAGAUAAUCAGGUGACGUGGAACUUGCAAGGAACUGUACCAAACGAUCAGACUCUAGUGUGGCACAGGACGGCCGUAUCUAAUGCUACUAAAGAAUUAGUUAUAGUUGGUGGAGUCACUUGUUCUCCUUACCGCAUGAAGGAAGAGAAUCAUGUUGGUACACUUCAUGUUAUUCCUUUUACUCCACCCUCUCUCCUCAGUUUAAGUCUGCAGGAGAUCGUUAAUGAAGGCAUCAUUUUUCAUCUCUUAAGGAAGGAUUGUUUCCUGCCAAAGUGCCUUUUGGACCUAAUAAAGAAUAAAUUUAAAGUUCGUAACAACAAGGCUGUUAUUUAUUGUAAGGAACAUGAAAGUGUCAUGAAGCAGUGA